AUGAGUGUGACACCAAAAACGCUCGCUACGGAGUUGUUUAUAGAUCCUUGGAAAAGACUCAAGUAUGGGUUUCUGCCGGUAAGGAGAGUGGUUGAUGAAGACUUCUCAUCUAAUAGUAAUUUUGGAGAUGAAGGUUUAGCUUUAGAAUCAGAAGCCAAAAUAGACGAAGUUGAAGAAUCUGAUAUCGAGUACAGAGACGAGGCCAACCGUCGUUGGUGGAAUUUCUUCAAUGAAGGAGAGUACAGAAGAAAUAAGAAAGUCGAGACAAAAAAUCCUUGGUACUCAUGGUUCAACGGCAGCACUUCCGCUCAAGAAAAGAAACUGAUCCUGAAACUAGACGUUUUGCUGGCAUUUUAUUCCUGCAUGGCUUACUGGGUUAAGUAUCUCGAUACAGUGAACUUGAACAAUGCAUAUGUUUCUGGUAUGAAAGAGGAAUUGGGUAUGAAGGGCAAUGACCUGGUUCACACUCAAAAUAUGUUCUCGAUUGGGAAUAUUAUUUUUCAAUUACCUUUCUUAUUCGUACUGAAUAAAGUACCGCUCAACUACCUUCUGCCAGCUUUGGAUCUUGCUUGGUCAUUAUUGACAGUAGGUGAAGCCUACGUCAAGACCACCGGUGGCAUCAAGGCUCUGCGGUUUUUCAUUGGUGCAUUCGAGGCACCUUCCUACUUGGCCUACCAAUACCUUUUCGGUUGCUUUUACAAACACGAUGAAAUGGUCAGGCGUUCUGCAUUCUAUUAUUUUGGUCAGUAUAUUGGUACACUGUCAUCUGGUGGUAUUCAAUCUGCUGUUUAUUCGAGUAUGAACGGAAGGAACGGGCUCGCAGGCUGGAGGUGGAACUUUAUCAUUGAUGCGAUAAUUUCCGUGAUUGUGGGUAUCAUUGGGUUUUAUGCUUUACCGGGAGAUCCUUACAAUUGUUACUCCAUAUUUCUGACCGAUGACGAAAUAAGGUUAGCCAGAAAGCGGUUGAAGCAAAACAAUACUGAUGGAAACAACUUCCAUAAAAAAGCUUUUAGUUGGAAGGUAUGGAAGCGUGUUAUUUUUGAUUGGAAAGUCUGGGUUCUUUCGAUAUGGAAUAUAUUUUGUUGGUGUAACAGUAACGCUGGUACAGGUUGUUACAUCCUAUGGCUGAAAUCGCUCCAACGUUACGCGAUCCCCAAAGUUAAUCAACUCUCUAUGAUUACCCCCGGGGUCGGGCUGGUUUAUCUGACAGUCACGGCAUUAAUAGCAGACAAACUACAUUCUCGUUUGAGUGCGAUUAUUUUCACACAGGUUUUUAACAUUAUAGGAAAUGUUAUAUUGGCAGUUUGGAAUGUUGAAGAGGGGGCUAAAUGGUUUGGUUUCAUUUUGCAAUAUAUGGGAUGGGCCAUGGCACCGGUUCUCUAUGGGUGGAUGAACGAUAUUUGUCGCCGAGACUCGGAUACAAGGGCAAUAAUCUUAGUGAUCAUGAAUAUUGCCGGCUCAGUGUUUAGUGUUUGGACCAGUGUGGUAUUCUUUCCCACGACGCAGGCCCCUAGAUAUCUCAGGGGAUACAGUUUUACAGCUGCCUGUGCUUUAGCACUCUCUAUAUGGACUUUUUUUGUGCUGUGGCUGUACAAGAAGGAUGAGAGGAAGCAUGCAAGUGACAAUGGCAUAGUCGUUUACAAUUCCAAGAUCGAGAAUUUACCUUCCAAAGCUGGAUCAGUUUCUUCCACAGAGGCGUUUGCUGUUACUGAGAACUCGUCUGAUUUGAAGCGUUAA